ACGAGAACGAACCCGCUUCAGACAACAAUCCUCUCUCUCUGCAUCCUUCGAAAUGUCUUACUCUACACCACCGCCUCGUGUCCCCAUUGUCGACUCUCAGUUCCAGAAAUCCCCAAUGUCAUUUCAGAACCAACCACGGCCACAACCUCAGCCUCAGCCUCUAGUUCCUUGGUCUACUGGCCUUUGCGGUUGUCUUGAUGACUGCAGCAGUUGUUGCUUGACAUGUUGGUGCCCGUGCAUUACGUUUGGUCGGACAUCCGAAAUUCUCGAUAGAGGAUCCUCGUCUUGUGGAUGCAACGGAACAAUGUAUACCCUAAUAGCGGUUCUGGGUUGUACUUGGAUAUAUUCGUGCCAGUACCGUGCCAAAUUCAGAAAAACCUACAACUUAGAGGGGAACUGUUGCACUGAUUGCCUAACUCAUUUUUGUUGCCAAUCUUGUGCCCUAUGCCAAGAAUAUAGGGAACUCAAGAACAAGGGUUUCGAUAUGUCAUUAGGAUGGCAUGGUAACAUGACAAGCGGCAGAGGGCGAAAUGUGGCUUUGACUCCACCUGCUGCAUGUGGAAGCAUGGAACGAUAAAGAUACGAAAGGGCAUGCUUGGAUUGACAAUAUCCAUCUUUUUACGUAAACAGGGUUGCCAUUUUGCCACUGAUUGUUGGAUAAAACGAUAAAUAUGCAUCUUGAAAACAGGCAAAUUAGGCCCUCUAUAUUCAUUACAAAACUUGUUAUCCUAUAUAUAAUGCAAAACCGACAAAAAGAAUGUUAUCCCACACUCAAAGCAUUAGCAUUGGGGCGGGGUUUUAUACCAUAAAUGUUAGUAUUUUUCUCACGCACUGCUGCAUAGUAAAUGUGAUGUU